AUGGAUAAUGUGGGUACUCUACAACCCCUUUUGGAAAACGUGGUACCACAGAAAACUCCCAAAACCCCAGCACAAAAAACCAUGAGAAAGGCAUUCAAAGGCACAGCACAGUUGUCCAAGCUUCUUCCAACAGGAACAGCGCUAAUAUUCCAAACCUUAUCACCAAUUUUCACACACCAAGGUCAAUGCCAAACCAUAACAAACAAAACCAUGACCAUAGUCCUCGUAACCCUUUGCAGCAUCUCAUGUUUUCUUCUGUCCUUCACUGACAGCUUCAGGGAUGAGAGGGGGAAGGUGAGAUAUGGGGUGGCCUCAUUGAAUGGGAUGUGGGUUAUGGAUGCAUCGGCGAGGCUUCCUGCAGAUGAGGCAGAAAAGUAUAGGCUCAGGUCCAUUGAUUUCUUCCAUGCCUUCAUGUCAAUAUUCGUUUUCUUGGCAAUUGCACUCUUUGAUGGAAGUGUUGUGAGUUGUUUUGUUCAAAUGCCUUCUGAGGAAACCAAGGAGCUUCUUAUGACUUUGCCUAUUGGGAUUGGCACUUUGUGUAGCCUUCUUUUUGUUGCAUUCCCUAGCCAAAGACAUGGAAUUGGCUUCCCUCUCUCUCGUGAUUAG